AGAUACUAGUAAUGGACCCUAUUUUUCUUCACCUUUGAUAUAAAUCUCUGUUCCUUCAUCUAGACUUUGCGAUUAUUUUCGAAGAUUUUUUGAUUCAACUUCAGAAUCAAACUGAGCGUAGUCAAACUCAACGUUGAGACAGCAGCAUGUCAGCACGGAAGUCGCUCCAUUUUUUUAUGAAGCAGGUCCACCCCGAUGCGUCCGGACACGUGCUUCCUGUUCACGCGAAAAGGGUGAACCAACAAUCCCUUAUGGUCCUCAACUCUUAUCUCGAUCGACUCGAUGGAUCAUCGUGCCAGAGGACCACCUCCUCCACUCGGAACGCGGAGAGUAGAGCUGUUAUGAAAAGUGACUUUAGUAGUAGCAUCCGAGUAGAUCUGUUAUGUUAAUAGGGGGCGCUAAAUGAGUCAUGAUGAUGGAGGACUCCUUGAUACUGUUGAUUUUUAUUGGGAAGGAAAGAUCUGAGGACAGAUGAGUAUCUAUAUGAUUUUCAUUUUGUUGGGAACAGAGACAGAAUAUCUAUAUCAUGUUCAUGCUGACAGCAGAUGUAGUAGUUCUUGUAGUACUUCUUGUCCUCUAGGUGUACCAGUACCCCCAUGUCUUCUACGAGCCUCUACUGCACUACUGAUGACUGGAUCCGGAUAAUAGAACAAUCUCCUUCAUCUGGUGACACUUACUCUUUUUACAUGAUCCGACUACCUAGAGCGCUCUUCUGAUGCCACAAUUGCAAUCUUCACUACUAUUUAUUCUACGUAAUACCCCUGGCAAAUGAGCAGUGCAAGUGCUGUACUACAAUUAGAUCCGUUCACUCCUUUGAUGCCGCUCCUCUCCCUCUCUUACUUCACGAACAGGUUUGGUACUGUUGUACCUCAAUUCAUCUAAGUAAGAACCAGACUCUAGUACGCCUUUUCUUCGUCAGCAGCUUCCUUUUUUCCGGCCUUUGGUGCGGAAAGCCACGGGUGAGAUUGUGUCGAACCGCGCAGUGCCGCUAAUCCUGGACCUUCCAACCCUGCCUCCAGGCGCGUCUUUUAUGCUGCGCGAUCAAGCUGCUACGGACCUGCUCGAACAGGCCAAACAGAAUUUAGAUUUUUAUGAUUGGAUCAUGUAAGUAGUUAAUAUAUCCUUUCGUUCAGAAGUUCUAGUCUAGUAUCUCUCUGUCUCCACUGUCUCUCUCGUCUAAGCUAACUUUGGUUCCCCUCGUCUUUCUUUCGUCGCUUCUAGGCUAGAUUGCCCUUUCUCACUUUCUCUCCAAAGCCCUCUAAUGAAAUCAAAGGAGCCGAUUUUCCGACUUGCCGCAUGGGACUGGAAGAAGCUUGCUCCGAGACGCCGUUCUCGGUAACAUCAAUGGUGAUUCAGCAAGCACGUUACGGCUGGGACGUAAAACUAAAAGCUCUAAUAGACUUAGACCCAGGUGCUUGAUUGUUAAACGUCAACGUCAACUACGUGAAGGCUCAGGAGAAGAAGAUGCCCAUGCCUCAUUCCCAUUUUUAUCUAUGUAGUUGAUGAGGGGAACGCGACAAGUAGAAGGAGAUCAUGUCUCAACAUUUUUUUGAAUAGCAAUAAAACAACGUCCUCCAUGUGGUCUAGGCUAGCUACGUACUACCAACGUCUUGGAUUAUUUCUCUAACCUGAGCUACCACAUCAACAUCGUCCUCCGAGACCUCCUCUUCGCGUGCGUCAUCCAUGGGCAGUUCAGCUUCGCGACGGGUUGUUGAAAGGUUUGAAAAGCUGUGGGACACACAGACACACGAUGUGAUGUUCAAAGAUUUAAGGCUGCCGCUGGAGUAUCCUCAACAUCAUCCCGCCCUGGCCCUUUUUCUACUUGAAAAUGGAGCCAGGAUGCACGCAGGGACGCGACCGCGGUAGCUCUAACAGAUGCACUGUACGACGACCCUGCGGCAACGAAGCGCCUCGCAGCGAUGGAGGCCUAUCGUCGACGAUAUCAAGCACAACUGCUGCGCAAGGCACUCAAGACGAAGAAUAAACAUUAAGCAGAGGGUUUUUGACUAUCUAGUAAUGCUAACAAAGACAUGAAGAAGGAGGAUUUCGUUUUGUCAUUUAUGCUUCUUUGUAGUCGGACUUGUGGUUCUUUCAUCUGUAGUGCAGCGGAAGGAUCCUAAGAUAGUCCCUCCAUCCAACCAAUUUCUAUGGUGUAGGAAUUAUUCAUGUGUGCGAAUAGGAUGUUCCAAGUAUUGAGAAGAAACAGAGAGACUGAAGAGUCUGAGACCUACGACUAGACAAAUAAGAGUACUACGACUAGCACAAGCUAGGCACCAACUACAGCAAGUAGUAGUUUAUAGCAGCAGAAGUAGGACUUCUAUAGAGUUAAUAUCCAGCUGCUAACUUCGCCAUACUAUUAAGAUGGGAUUAUUGGCCUUGGGGAGUUGCUAUGAUGAAACAAGAUCGGGGUUUGUACUCGACACAGGCAUGGCCACUAUUAAAACUGAAAACGUUUCUAAAAUCGGGGCCGACGGCGACGGCUGGAGAGUGUCGACAAGAGGGCGGAGGCAAAAGUAGUGGAGAAGUUCGGAGCUGUGGCUGGAGCAGGACAACAAGAGUAAGGUUGUAGACAAGAAGUUGACUCAUUGUCAGGCUCCUCUUUAGUUUUUAGGCAUGAAGAUCAUGGACUUCAUCAAGAAAAGCUUCCAAAUUAUUAUCUAUGAUGAUUUUAGCACUGCUUUACUGCCAGUGAACGCUGAGGAAGUGAGUACUUAUCGGCUAUUAAAAGGAUAGACCACUUCGACGCAUGAAAGGAAAAGUAAGGACCACGUAUGAUAAGCUUACUUUCUUCAUCAUCAUCUAAGACUGAGACGUGAUUCACUAAGACUAAGACGUGACUCACUAAGACUAAGACGUGACUCAGCCAGAGCCUCAUUCUGUUGAACAAGAUGGCGGAGAAAGAUGUGCGUCAGGUCCAAAGAAACUCCGCAUGAUCGAGUAUGGCUAUCAUCCGGACCUGGUGUUUAUGGAGCCUGGCCUUACACCAGCACAACAGACCGAAGGCAUAAGUUAAGAACAUGAUUAUCACAAGCACUUCUCUCUUAAGUAGUACACUUUUUACUGAGAUUCCUUGAGUACUCAUGAUUUCCAAAGAGAGACUUUUUAAUGAGCAUUUGUUGUUUAUAACUACUAGACGAGAGAGUUCGUUGAACCCGUUGUAGAGGAACUGCGACUUUAUAGGAGUGCUACGAUCUCGUCUACUUGGUUCAUGAACUGGACUAAAAAGUUGUAACCACACAUUUUGUCAUUUGUAGUUGUCCUGCAAGUGUGAGCCCCAAAGCCCUCUAAUACAAGCGAUGCUGUGGCGUACACUUGCAGAAGGAGAAUAACACUGCGGAAUUCUGGCUACUGGAAAAUUUGUGGAGAGCCAUGCGAGGGACAGAGCAGUCGCCAUCUACUUCUACGUCUCUCACUCUUGUUGCAUAUACAACAUGAACAUCCAUGGUUCUAGAUCAAGAUGAUAACUUUCAGAACUACGUCUUUGUAGAGGAGAGCGGCAUGGUUGUAACAGCGUAGUAGUUUGUUGCAGGGAAAGACGAAUCAAUACAAGGUGUUUUUUUUUACUUGAUGAUUGCAGAGGCACAUGAGCCGCACUCGUCUCCCAGCGGACGAAGGCCAUUCUCUAUGACGAGACUCAGUUUUAUAUUAUUCGAUCCCCAUGCACAUGUUGUUCGGAUCUACUUGUCGUCAUUCUAAUAAAACUCCCGAAGACCACGACGACGACCGCAAGCGCAACUCGUGUACUGCAAGUUCCGCGAGGAUCCCGCUGGUUUUGUGUGCUAAAGAGUUAAGCAGAGCUGCAGAGAAAUAAUACAAAGAAAAGCAAAAUUUUUCUAUCCGACUAUCUGUCAGGACGAUCAUGAUCACGGCUUGCCUUACAUACAGUCCAAAUCAAUGGUGGAAGAAUUAUAUAAUACUGUCAGUCUGAUCAAUAGGAGAAGGACUUUAAAUUACGCAAACUUUUAUAUUAGACUUAUAGAGUAAUCACCAGACGGCCGUGACGGAUGAUAAAGAAAUAGUGCAAUGAGCUCUACGUCCUCUACUAAGAGAUGGCGAGUAUCGAGCGGAGCGCGGAUGCGUUUUUGUACCCUACAAUUUCGAUGUUGCCGCAUUGUCCGCAUUGCUAGAGGAAGAACUUGAUGUCUUGCGUGCGGAUCUUGUGCAACGCAAGCAACAAGGGAAUCGAAAUGAAGCAUAGAAGAAUUAUUCAAUAUUCGUGAAGAACACGGCAAUGGCAUUCUUGAGAAAACUGAAUUAAACAUUUGAACAACGAACCGUAAGACCCUAUAAAUAUUUCUUUCUUUUCCCCUACGCAUACCGGCACUUAGUUAGUAGGGCAGACAGCAGCUGCACCUCCACGUCAACGAGAGUGUAUUUCAACAGUCAUCGAUCUCAAUCACUCCAAAAAAGAGUCAGGUGCGCAAUUAUCUCUGUUGCAAAGAGAGUGAUCCGAAUCGGUGAAGAUGCUUCUCGUAUGCAACGCAUCCCUAAGAUCAUUGUUUUAAGGCUAAUUGAUAUGGGUAGCUCAUGCAGUGUGUUGUCGCAGUGGUACCUUGGCAGAAUCGGUUCCAGUCUCAAUCUCGCAAGCACAAGAAAUUCCAAAAAAAUGGGACCAAAACCAGGUAACAACGGGUAGCCCUCUAUAAUAUAGAUACUUCCCGCAGAUCUUCUAGUUGCGUGCGAAGUUGGUUCCUUUAAACUGGUGAUAGUUGGAUGCAUAAAAACGCAUUGCUGAUGCUGUCGUAAUUUUUCUCAAUCAAUCAAGAUUCGUUUCUGCCUUGGAG